AUGUCUGAUUAUCAAUUAAGUAAUGAAGAUCAUGAAGCAUUGGAAAAAUUUACAAAAUUUUUCCUGGUUAAAGCAGCUCAAAUUAUUGUACAAUCACGUUUAGGUGAAAAGAAAAUAACAAAAUCGAAACCUAUGUGUUCCGGAAAUGAAUGGUUUCAUCUGUCAAUUAAAGACAUUCCUGAAGUCACUGUUAAUGCUAAAAAAUGUUUAGGUGAUAUUCAACAUCUUCUAAUUAAUCCUCCACAUAGUUCAUUUUGUGUGGAAAUAUCAUUACGUACACCAGAUUGUGAUACAAUAACAUUAGAAACAUGGUGUAUAUCAUUUGAUGAUUCAAUAUCAGAUCCAGCACAACGUGUUCGAUUUAAUAUUUAUAAUCGUAUGAGUAUUGUUCUUCGAUCAUUAUUAACAUGUACACGUGCAACACCAACAUAUCAAUUAUCACGAAAACAAUCAGCCGAUAAAUAUAUUAUUUGUUAUAAAAUGUAUAGUGGUGAACCAAUUGUUAGUCAUUUAGGUGAACAUUAUUCAAAAAAAACAAUCGGAAGUAUUCUAACACCAAUUGGACGUUUUGUAUUAAAUGUUGCUUAUAGAACACGUUUAACAAUGUCAUUAACACCAAUGGAAAAUCGACCAAUUUCAAAUUUAACACCAUUUGGAAUUGAUAUUAAAGAUGAUCAUUUUUCAUUAGAUAGAAAUCAUCAUAGUCUAGAAGAUGAUAAUGAUGCUCAAUUACCAUCAGCACAUAAUUCAAGUGUGCCAAAAAGUUCACCUAUUGAAGUUAUGAAACGAAGACAUACUAGUUCGGAAUCAGUUUCAUCAAGUCAUGGAACACCAGAUAAAGUUUAUUAUAGUAAAUUACGUGCUGCAUUUGCAAUACCUGGUACAAUUGCACAUACACCAUCACAUAUUGGUUCAUAUUCUCGUAUGAAUGAUAAUGAUUUACCCUAUGUACUUAUGCAACAACAAGAUCAAAAUUCGAAAGCUAAUUAUUCUCUAAGUGCGGAUUUAGAUAAUGAUACAGCACCCGAUGAUUUUAUUCUUGUUGAAGUAAAACCAUUUUUUGGUAAAAGUGAUUCAACAGAUGAUUUAGCUUUAUUUAUUCGAUCAUGUCAACAACCACCCAUGCUUGAAUCAUUUGUUUUUGAACCAUCACUUGGUGAAACAAUAAAUCAGUUAAAUGAUGAAUUACGUGUAUUUGAAUCGAAAGUGGAGGAAUUCGAUCAACUUGUUGGAACAUUAUCUACAGCAGACUAA